AUGGAGUUUAAAUAUAUAUUGAUACUAAUAGUUAUAGUUUAUUUACCAGUACUAAUUACAGGUCAAUAUACUAUAAGAGGAGUUUCUGAAAGUUAUGCAGUGUUAGGUGAAAAUUAUAGAUUAGAAUGUGAUAUUACAGAUUCACCUGGCAUUGUAGAUUUUCGUAGAAAUAAGAUUGCUUUAGGUACUAUAUUGUCUCAAAGCUGUCUGGGUGGAAUUAAUGAUAGAUAUACAUAUGGAUGUAUAAAUAAUAACAACAAACAACUAUAUCUCAAUAUAAGUAAUAUAAAUAAACAAGAUGAUACAACAUGGUCUUGUAGAGGUAAUUCUGGUGGACAAGGAUCAACUACUAUACUAGUUUAUUAUCCACCUGAUAUAACCAGUAUAACAUCCGAUGCUGUAAAUUACACAGCUGAUGAUGGUUCUGAUGUUAUAUUUAACUGUAAUGUUGAUAGUAAACCAGUAUCUACUAUAACCUGGUCAUCUUCUACUAGUACUGACACUAACACUGGUCAACAGUGGACAUUACCUCAAGCUAAAUGUCAGGAUACAGGAAUCUAUACAUGUACAGCUAAUAAUGGUAUUGGUCAAUCAACUACUAAAUCCUUAUCAUUAGAUAUUAGAUGUUCACCAAGAAUUAAUGGUGAUUUAAAGGAUGAAGUAAUAAAUAGACUAGGUGAAAAAGUAACAUUAAUUAUUGAUGUUAUAGCCUAUCCUAAACCUAGUUUUAAAUGGAUACAAGAAUCAACAGGACAAGAAUUAACACCAGAUACAACUCAACAAGUAGCUACCAAUAAUUAUAUUUCAAGUUUAACAUUCACAAUACAACAAUCAUCAUUUGGUAAUUACACUGUUACUGUUAAUAAUGGUAAAGGUUGUGAUAAAAGUUACACUAUAAAAAUUAUUGAUGGAGAUCCUGGAACAAAACCGGUUUCUGUUGAACAAUCUGGAUAUCAGAAAGGUUUAAGCACUGGUAUUGGAAUUGGUAUUGGUAUUGGAAUAUAUCUUGUUUGUGUAUUUCUGGUUUUACUGACAAUAUUUAUAUAUAGAAAAGAUCAUCCAGCCAAUAGGAAAUUACCAGAAGAAAAUUAUGCAACGUUUUCCAAUAGAAAUCCUGAAGGUAGAACAUAUGAAGAUUUAAAUACACAUAUUUCUGGAGAUGCAAAAGAUAUGAAAAUAUGA